CCGACCAACCCAACCCAGGAGGACUAAUUUAUCUAUUAGCAAUUAUAAGUAUCUCUCAUACGUGUUGUCUCUUGAUCCACACUUUGUUUUCACUGUUCCCACUCUAUCUCUCUUAGCUCCCAAUAUGGCCGAUUCCCACCAACCCUUUGUUGCACUCAUUGUCGGCGUCACCGGCAUGGCGGGGUUGAGCUUAGCUGAAGCCUUGAAGAGCCCCAAUGCCCUCGGCGGUCCUUGGAAAGUUUAUGGCUCGGCUUCACGUCCCAUACCAACUUGGUUCCCUUCCUCGCUCCUCGACAAAUACAUCGCUUUUGACGCCACCGACGCCGGAAACACCGCUGAUACACUCACUCCAAUCACCGGGGAAGUCACCCAUGUUUUCUGGGUGGCAAUCCAAGUUCAUGAAAGUGAACAAGUAAAUGUUACAGUUAACGCAACUAUGUUAUCCAACGUUCUCGAUGUUUUGAAGAGCGGCCCGGGCAGCAACGGAACCGGUUCAAGGCUCAGCCAUGUCACGGUUCAGACAGGUACCCAACAAUACAUGGGUCCGAUACAUAAUCCGACGGAGGCGGACAAGGGUCUCGAACCCCAUGAACCACCGUUUAGGGAGGAUUUGCCCCGCUUGCCUUACCCCAACUUUUACUACGCGCUAGAAGAUCUUUUGGAGUCAUACGCGUCAUCAUUGACCUACUCUGUGCACCGCUCGUCGAUCAUAAUAGGCGCGUCGUCGAGAAGCGUGUACAACGCGCUACUUACAUUGGCAGUGUACGCAUUGAUAUGUCGAUACGAGGGUUUACCGUUUCGAUACCCAGGUACCCGGUACACAUGGGAGCAUUUUUGCGACAUGUCCGAUGCACGCGUGCUCGCCGAGCAGCAUAUAUGGGCCGCAGUGACUCCCAGUGCCAAGAACCAAGCCUUUAAUUGCACUAACGGUGACAUGUUCACUUGGAAAAGCUUAUGGAAAAAAUUGUGCGACAUAUUUGAUCUCGAAUUUAUCCCUUUCGUGGAGUUGGAAAACUUUGAUUUUGUUGAGUUGAUGAAGGAGAAAAGCAAGGUAUGGGAUGAAAUAGUGGUAAUGCAUGGAUUGUAUAAGACGAAAUUGGAGGAAAUUACAUGUGCAGCAGCUCUUAACAACGUGUUACAUUUUGGGUUUCAACAUGUUUGUAGUAUGAAUAAGAGUAGAGAUUAUGGGUUCUUUGGGUAUGCAGAUACCCUCAAAAGUAUUCCCAUGUGGGUUGAGAGAUUGAGAGAUAUGAAGAUUAUACCUUAAUCAUGUGGUUCAUGUAUUUCAUUAAUAUUUUGGAAAUAAAUCAUAUGGUUGUUAGCUGA